AUGACGAUUUUGGCUAGUGACAACGAAUUACCCGUCUCUGAUACUGAAAAGUCGUUAAGAUAUCUUCCGUUAUACGAAGUGAAGAGGUACGACAGGCCUAUUGGAGGUGGUCUUCCUCCUUUAACAUCUGUUCCCGUCGCUGGUGAGAGAUGCUCCGCUCGCCUCGAGUCUGCUUUGGAUCAGUUGAAACGACGAAAACGAAAUCAACCAAAGAGUUUGGAUAUGCCAAUGAGCCAAAGUAUUGAUCUCAACGGUUACAGCCUGUACCAAGCUAUGAGAAGCGCGCCAGUUGAUAUGUAUGUAACAAGAAUGCGUGUGCGGCUUCCGCAGAACAGCAAUUGGGUAAGAGUCGAGAAGUGUUACUUCGAUCCAAGGAACGUAUCUUUAGACACCAUGCUUCUAUUCCACGAUCUGACAAUUAGCGGAAAUGUCGAUUUAUAUGAGGUCAAUGAACUUGACAGAACUAUACCACCUAGUCGGAGAUUAAGAAGAAACCACGCUGAUGUACAAUAUGAUAACCCCUAUGCCAAAGCAAGAGGAUCAAAUGGAUGUAACAUGAUACUGAGAUUAAGAAAAGCUGGAAUCGGUUUCCACACGCGGCCUCUCAACCAACAGCCAGGAAAGUUCAACGUGAAAACUGAUUCAGAAUUCGUUGAACCUGGUUUCAUUAGCGUGUAUGCUUACGGUUGUGAGAAAUAUAUUAACAAAAAUGGUGUGAGAAAUAAAGACAAUCUGCCAUUGAGACGAAGGAAAAGAUCUGAUGAAUUCACCUUCGAACCGGGCUUAGAAACAUCUUCAGAAGACGACAAAAUGGAUGCGAGAUCAUCUGAUAAUUGGGAUAUUGUUUACGAACCGAGCAAUAAUAGACUCAAUUACGAAAGGAGCAAGUUAUUCCGACCAGAGGACAAUUUAGAUGAAGUUGAAGAUAUUUCACGUGAAAUGGAAGAUAUUUUUACGAAGGGUAUCCGUACAUUACUGACGACGUACAUGAAGAAAGAACUACAACCAGCUAUUAAAGACACUUUAAUGAGAAACAUGGGUUAUGUUAUAUCAUAUGGCAGUAAUAAGGUUGCAUAG